CACAAGUUCAGGGUGUACUCAGUAGUUCUGAUGACUCGCUCUCUCUUUAACACAGUAAGUCGGUGAUGCUCCACUUGUAGAGACCUCGACCACAAUGACGAAACGGUGCGUCAAAUGUGCUAGUGUAGUCAGAGAGAUGUUCCCGAUGUCACCUUGACUUUGCCAGAAUGUUUUACCGCAAGUUUAGGAUGUUUAGUCCCACUGCCGUGCCUGUUUGAGAGCGUGGGCUCGGUGCUUCGGCCGAUUCAUAGACGGUCUUUAACUGAGCUCACGUCAUCAAGGACCUGUUCCAUUAUGUCACUUCAACUUUCCCAGGACAUUUCAAGACAGUCUUUAGGAUGUUUAAUCCUGCGGUCAUGAGUUGCAGAAAGCGUGGGCUGGCUGUCUUAGCUUUGCGAACUCUCCUGUUCAGUUUAUCGAGUGCUGCGGUUGUGUUCCGAGACGCUCCCGAGGAUCUUGUCCUCGCGGCCGGUAACACAGCCGUCCUGCGCUGCAGCAUCCAGGCAGGUGGCGGGGAGAGAGACCCGGUGAAAUGGAUGCACCUGGAGUCCGACCAGGUUCUGAGCAAAAAUGGUAGGAUCACAACGCUUGCACAGGAGAAAUACUCCGUGGUGGGGGACCACGAGGCGAACGGGGAGUAUCACCUGAGGAUUAUAGGCGUCCAACUCACCGACCGAGGAGAAUACCGUUGCAUGUGUGGCUCGGAGUACCGGUCCGCUAUCCUAACCGUAGUGGUCCCCCCGGACACCGGGUACCCGCUGUGCCAUGUCCAACCCAAUCCAACGCAGCAACAACCAGGGAGAAUAGCGGAGCUGACCUGCAAUUCACACGGGGGAACUCCUCCGGCUGCUCUGAUCUGGCAUCGGAAAGGGGAGCCGAUAUCUGAGGUGACCACGCACAGCAACGCCUUGAAGAGCUUGGUCACGGCCGAGGACAACGGGGUCGUAUUCACCUGUUUUGCUAAAUCCAAAGCCGCUUCCAUGCCCGUCCGUAGGUGCGAGGUGAUGGUACUCAAUACACCCCCGACGGGAUCCAUUAACCCCGACCUACACGUUGUAUAUCCAGGAGAUUCAGCGAGUUACACCUGCACAGGCGCCGGUAUCUCGAAAGUCAUACGUUACAGGUGGCUUGUCAAUUUUAUCGAUGUCACGAGGGCGGAGAAUCGUGGCCAGAGAUACGAGGUGCUAGAUAACAACAGGACACUGAGGAUCACCGACGUUCGAAGAUGGGAAGACGGAGCGGUGAUCGCCUGCGAUGUGUCCAUCGCCUCUGGUUUGACAGGCCGCGCCUGGGCUAAGCUCUCGAUUGCUUCACAGCCAGUCACGUCUGCGGCCAACGAGGCUAACCCAGGCGCACUCUUCCCAAUUAAUGAUCGAGUCCCAACUGAGAAUGAUAAGAAGAAGACCGGGCCGACCGGUCUCAAGCCACAGGGAAAUACUGCCACUGCGGGUGUAGUGGCUGGGGCCACUAUGGCGACUGUUGGGAUCAUACUGGCCCUAGUGGCCAUCGCCAUUUUACUCCUUAAAAUCAAGGCCAGCGGCCACUUCAGCAUGGCCAACGCUAACGAAAAGAAAUGCUUUCCAGACAAGCUUGAUUUGUCCACAGGCACCAUCAAAAAGGUCGACGAGUGUCCCAUUUACGCCAAACCCAAUAAAGUGCGCAAAGGCCCGGCGCCUGCACCUCCAGGCGCCGCAGCCGCAGUGCUUGCCGCCUGCGACCUCGCCAUGCAGAAGAAGCAACUCCGGAAGAAUCACCACAGCUACGAGAAGGUGGAAAUUCUCGGCUGUUCAUCACCGGGCCAGACCUACACUUUGCCCGUCAGGCUCCAGGCGCGUGCGCCUACAACUCCGAAAACAAGGCGAUCGGACACCUUAAGGUGCAUCAAGGCGCAGGCGCCCCUGCCGCCAAAUUUGCCACCUCUUCCCCGAUCGCCGUUGCCACCUCUACCCCAGAAGUCGCCACUGCCAACCCCAACGCCCUCUGAUUGGCCUACUGGUGAUUUAGUGUACGCCGAUCUUGACCUUCCCGCCAAAACAGAAACAGUCAACCAAUCACAUCCCUCGUUUGUUGGUGUGGAUUACGCAAUGCUUCAAGGACGUAACUCUGGUAGCAGCGGUGGUUAUGACUGGGGCACCAGUUGAGUGCAUGGAUACCAGUGACAAUACAAACUAAAACAAAUAAUAAUACGAAUUUCAUUAACCUUCUUUACUCAAAAUUAUCAAUAUUUUGUAAAUGUGAUUUUAUAUUCAGUCUCAAAGCCUAGUAUAUUUUUGGCUUUUUACAAAUCUUAUUUUAAAGUGUUCUGCGAAUGAAAAAUCAUCAAUAUUCUGUAAAUGUGAUUUUAUAUUCAAUCUCAAAGCCUUGUAUAUUUUUGGCUUUUUACAAAUCUUAUUUUACAGUGUUCUGCGAAUGAAAAAUUAUUUUUGAAAACAGUGUUGUUCUGAUUGUUGUUAAAUGUUACCAAUGUAUUUCAAAAGGUUUAAUGCUGCAAAGUAUAUGAAGACAGGAUGUAUCUCAAUUUCUUGACUUUAAGUUAUAUGUCGAAAACUUAUUUUUAUUCUGAUUCAUUUGAUUUGUAAACUACUUCAUAUUUAUAUUCCAUUUUUAAACAGGAUAACAUAAUUAUAAAGAACUGUUUGGGAUAAAUUUCAAUUUGAAUUAAUUUGUUUACGGGAAAUAAUAGGUCUACUUCUUAUAAAACUCGAUUGUUGGUUGGGUCCAAUAAUUGUUCCAAAAGUAAACGACCGUCCCUAAACAUUUGCUUUAUAUCUGUAAAACGAUGAAAACUGGCUUCCAAAAACAAGACUUAGGGAGCGGUGAUAUCGCCUUUCAACGUGGGCGUGUGCGCGUCGCCGGUUUGGAGGCCUAGCUGCCAUACGAGACACAACGUUGGAGCACGGUCACACAAUGGCUUCGUAUGCCGCCACCUCUUGCGGAUGUCUGACAGCCAGGCUAGGCCUGACGGGCGUGAUUGUUUAGCUUUCAAAAUC